AUGCUUCAGCCGGCAGAUUCAGAUAUUGAAGCUUUGGAAAACAGGGAACUCGAGUCUGGUUUGGACCCCUCUUCGUACGCUUUUUUGCUAGCCAGAUAUUUGGAACUAAAUGAACUCAGCUAUGCCUUACUGCUGUGGAAGCGAAUACCCAAGGAAACCAAAGCAGAAAAUGGCGACGUUGGCGCCGUAUGGGACAUCGGCAAGAAGCUGUGGGUGUUGGAUUUCGUAGGUGCCUAUGCCGCGAUGAAAAAGGAGUGGAACGAACCACUGAGGUGA